CGCACGUGAUUUCCUUCUGGCGGCGGGGCGCGGUGACGUCGCGCGGGCUGCGGCGGGAAGUUUCGAACGCGGGGAGGGAGCGCGGUGACAGCGGUCGCCAUGAUCCUGCGCGCCCGCCCGGGACAGUGCUGCUAACGGAUUGAACUGAGGUCGCAAGUGCAGCUCUCUAAACGCAGAUGCAAAUGGCAGUACUGAUCAAAUAUUAUAAGCCAGUACGUACAGGAGCUGUAUGAAGAUGUGAAUAUUUGUGAAACAAGCUGUUGGAUGACUGUUUUGCCAAAGCGAUGGCUUCUCAAGAAUUUACUGUAUUAUACACUCACCAAAAAAUGAAAAAAUCAAAAACGUGGCAAGAUGGAAUUCUGAGGAUUAGAACUGGUGGAAAUAAGGCUAUCUUGUUUGAUGAUAAAGGACAAUGUUUGGAGAGUAUUUUUAUAAAAUCUCAGGUGAAUGUUGGAGAUAAUUUAGAAAGUGAACGAUACUUGAUCACAGUUGAAGCAGUAAAAGUUAAUGAAAAAUGUUUUGAAGAUCAGCCAAGGAAAGCAGAAACGCCAGCAGUGGAUAGAAAUGGCGUAAAAUCUGGUGUUCUACCUCCAAGACAUCUGUCUGUUGGCUUGAAACGGAAGUUUACGGGUUUCCAAGGGCCACGGCAAGUUGAAAAGAAAAUAUCAACAAUGGAAGAUGGAGAAAACCCAACAAUAUUGCCUUUAUCUAAGCAUUGUCAGGGUACUUUUCCAUCCAAGUUUUAUGUUACCUCUCCGUUAUUUUCUACGAUUUGCAAGAAGGAUGCAGAAACAAAUCUAUCUGCAGACUUUCAUGAAGAUGUGCGUACGGAUAAUGAUGGAGAACAUACGUCUCUCUCGUCACUGCUUUCAGCUCCAUUUCUUGGCAGAUGUGAGGAGACAGAGAGGCAAAACUCUGAUCGGUCCAUUGUGAAGCCAGAAUCUCCUCCAGUUACUGGGCACACCAAAUCUAGUAGUCAGACAGCUGGUCACGGGGCAGUGUCAUGCAACAUCAGGAGCACAGCACAGAUAAUAGCUCUUUUGGAGUCUAAACCAACACAAGGAUGCAGAGAUCAAACAUCGUCUGAGGUCACAGAAUGUCUUUUUAGGUCUCAGGCAUCAGAAAAUGCAGAUAGUUUAUACAGACAAAAACCCUCAAUCCUACCUGCUUUUUCAGGCAACCCUGCCAAAAGACUCAUUCAAAAUAUUCAGCAUCUGCCUUUUACGAAGGGAACUGUAAAUGAUAAAAAAGAAUGGAAUGCUGAAAUGCUUUUAAAUUCAGCUGAACAACCUUGUGAUAAAGAAGCCACAGGACAGAGACAUGACAAAAAGGCAUAUAAUUUAAGUCAAGACUUACAAGAUCCGUGCAAUACAAAUAGUUGCUUCCUACCUGAAUCCACCCGAAGUAGAAGGAGUGACAGUCAGUUUGUCCCAUCCUCAGGUGACGUUUCAUGUUCAGUAAGUCCAAUCACCUUCGAAAAAAAUCUCUCCAGAUACAGGGAGGAUUCAUCUGUGAAGUUGCAAAGUGAGCUUCAGCCAAGACAAAAUUCAGAAAGAAUACCUAGUGACCAGGAGCUCUCUGUGGACGUAACAUUGACUAAAAUUGGAUUUGUAAAGGAGGAAUUAAGUAUGCAUGGCAAAGACUGUGGUCCAGAUGAACAGGUGAUGGAGGUUAACUUUAAUCUAAUGGAGGCUUUUGAUUUUAAUGACACAGACAAUGAAGACCUGUGUGAAAGAGAUGUGAAUAAGUUCACCGAAGGAGACAUGCUUUCACAAAGUCCACGUUGCUUAAAGGGAGAAGAUGUAGCACAAAAUGCUGCAUUGAGACUUCAUUCUUGCUGUGAAGUAGUGACGCACAGUAAAAACGAAGAAGUCAAAUGUUCAACGUUUGACGGAGAAAAUGGUGGAAAUAACUGCACUGAGGGUAUACCAUCUCAGCUUUGUGACAACGAUGUUGGAGAUACAGGGAGAACUGCAGAAGACUCUGCAAACCAGACCAGAAUUGAAGUGGAACUUUUGGGUAAUGGACACAAUGUAAGAGAGACUAAUGACAGUCAAUUAAGUAUUGAAGCCACAAACAAUAAGAAGGAUAUUGAUGGCUGUGCAGCGCAUACCAUUGAUGGCACAUCAUGGAUAAAUAGCAAGCACUCUGAUCUUUUGCCUGGUGACACAAAUGUUAAUGAAUGUCCCCCUAAAACUAGUAUGUUUGAGAAAACUGAAAGUAUUUCAUGUAUUUCUACCAGCAGAAUAAUCUCUGCAAUGGACAAAAGGACUGAAGAAGAUGUACAGCUUGAAUGCAUUAAAUCCCCAGAUGUUGAUUUAGAACACUUCUGGGGUACUAGGAGUGAUGACAUUAAACCAGGUAGUCCUUUGCUGGCUUUGUCACAAAAAUCAGAGCCUAGCUAUGGCUCAUUCCAAUAUAUCACAGAAGGCCAUCAAAAGGUAUUUGGCAUUUCACAUAAGGAAGAUACUCUCAUUUCCAGAAAUUCUAUCUAUCCUUUAAGAAAUGGCCGUUUGUCUCUAGAGGAAACGGCAAUAGGUAAAACCGAGUUUGAAAAUGCAGAGAGCAUAAAUGCCUUUCAUGAAGCCUGCAAAGGUGAAGGACUAGGAACAGAUUGCCUCAAAUGCACAGCAAUGGCUGAAAAUUCAUCAGACCUUCCUGAUUUGGUAAAAAAUAUCGCUCUUCUAAGAGCUUUGACUCAACAUAGUACACCAUUAGAAAGCUUACAAGAGAUGGAGGAAAAUAAUAGUGUAUUAUAUGAAGCAGAGACUUCUAAAGAGAUAUUUGAACCGCCUGUGAAAGAUGAAGCUAUAAAACAGUUUACAGAAAUGCCUUACUCAGAAAGUAUACAGGCAUCUUCCUGUUCAUACUUUGAUUCUUCUGGCCUUAUGCCCAACUGUGUGGACAAUUUAUUACAGAAAACAAUAGCAGUGGCCCAAAGAGACCCUAGGACGCUUGACUGCCAACCAAAGUCUCCAGGCUCAAGAAGUCUUCAUGAGGAUGAUAUCAACUUUAUCAGACAAGAAAAAUUUCAAAAGAAGUCUAACAUUAUUAAAGAGUCAAGAAUAGAUCAGCCCUUAUCGGCAAUGAAUGUGUAUUCUGAAGUUCCACCACAGACAAUGUCAGGCUCACCUUCACGUUCUGAUUUGAGACAAAUGCAGUGGACUUCAUGGGAACCUGACAAGAUGAUUUCGUCAGUAGAACUGACUUCCUCACUUGAUCCAGACUCUACAAUUUCUCCAGCUUCAGGAAGUGAGGAAACUGUCAGAGACAUACAGGAGCCCCUGAUACACAGGAUCUUGCCAAGUGAACCAGAACUUGCAGAAAUUUUUUUCACACGGGAGAAACCCAGCUAUCCAGAGGAAGGCAACUUCUCAAGAUUCAAACCGACAGUUAAAACACGAACUCCAUUUGUCACUCUUCCUGCCACUGAGAAGAUUUCUGACGCAGUUUAUCCAACUGACAGAGAGCAGGUCCAGCGAUCUUUUGGCUCUUCAGCAGUCCAUUUAGGCAACAAGUCACCGGUAUUUCCUAUUAGUGCUUUUGGCCCUGAGGACAGAAAUUAUGAAACCUCUGUGUUUGGAGAAUAUAUGGAAGACAGAGAAAGGGAAUCCGUACAACCAGUGUUCCCUAAUGUGACUGCACAAUAUAGACAAAGCAAGUGGCUAAAAUACCAAAACAGUGCUCAGUGUGACUUGAUAACUCAAAACAGCGAUGAUGGGGAAGUGACUGAUGACAUCUGUGCUGAGGACAUCCUUGGAAUGCCGCUGGGUGACACAGGAGAGAGCAGUGCUGUGAAUAAAAGUGCUCCCGGCUCCACACCUCUACUGACAGCAAAGAGCAUGCUUGGUAAACGCUGUGCAAAUACCAGCAAUCAAGAUUUGAUUUCAGAGAGGAAGUUACUUUCUCUGCACUUAAGUCAGACACCUUUGGCUGAAGCAACACAAAAGGUGUUAAGUCAUCUGAGCUGCCACACUGUAACAGGAGACGGCCAGGACAUAACAAUUUCUGAGUUGUCUUUUCCUAAUGUGGAUAAAGUAAAAUACGCUAAUCUUCCUAAAAGAAAGGUUUCCAUACCAACUGUGUUUCAGUCGCAUGUUCACUACAAACAGAUCUUUAAAGCUGCUCUGACAGAGCAAUUAAACAUAAUGCUGUUUGACUUGUCACAAAGAUUACACAAUGCUCUUUCAAAAGUGGAUAUAUCAUUUCACACUUCAUUAAAAGAUGGGCAAAGUGAGAGCAAAGCAAGCUGCGUUCCACUCUGCAAUCACAUGCAACCUGCUAAGCUUGUUACGGUUAAAAAAGAAGGCCAAAACAAGGGUCGUUUGUUCUAUACCUGUGAUGCCCCAAAAGCUGAGCAGUGUUCGUUUUUCAAGUGGAUAGAAGAUGUGAACCCCACACAGAUAAAAUCCAGACCUAGUGUAGUGCUUCAUGAUAUAAAGAGUAUUGGGACAUACCUCAGAAGUCAAAAGAUUUCUCUCUGUGAGGGAUGCCAGCUUUUGGUGAGGAAAGCCUUCGAAAUUCAAACACAGCGGUGUAGGAAGUUCAAGAAAAUGAUGAAUACACCUGCCAGGUUUGAUGGCGAUUCCAAAACCAAAUUAUACCUCAAACUGAGCAGAAAGGAGCAUUAUUCUCUCUAUAGCAAAGAUGAUAUUUGGGUUGUUUCGAAGACUCUGAACUUUGAUCCCCUUGAUACUUUCAUUGCAUGUAGUGCUUUCUUUGGACCAUCCUCCAACAAUGAAGUAGAAUUACUACCACUGAAAGGCUACUGUCCCUCAAACUGGCGAUCAAAUACGUUUGUUCAUGCCUUGCUGGUUUGUAAUGCUAGUGGUGAGCUUACAUCUCUAAGAAAUAUGGAGGAGCACUUCAAUCCAUCUACAUUACCACUAGUACCAUACCUACUAAAAAUGAAUUUUGAUUCUAAAAAUGCUACUAGUAGUGUCAACAAAAGAAAAUUUAUUCCACCUGCCAUCAGUCUGAAACGCACAAUGAUGUAUGGACCUGUCAGCACUGAAGUGGCAAUGGGACUAGCUAAAAAGAUGAUCCAAACAUUCUCGUUGAACCCAGAUCAAGCUACAUCACUGAUUCAGAUAGCUCAAAUGAUGACCUCAUGUGAAAAUAUCAAACCAGUGGAAGAACAUCAGAACUUCCCUAUCACAAUCAUACGUGGUGUUUUUGGGGCUGGAAAGAGCUAUCUGCUGUCCGUUGUGAUUUUGUUCCUAGUCCAGCUCUUUGAGAGCAGUGAAGCUAUGGAGGGUCCAAGGCCAGCUCCAUGGAAACUUCUGAUUGCUUCUUCCACUAAUGUUGCUGUUGACAGGAUACUGCUGGGUCUACUUGAUCUUGGAUUUGAGGAUUUUAUCAGAGUGGGAAGUAUUAGGAAAAUCACCAAAGCAAUUCUUCCCCAUAGUUUACAUGCUGGCUCAGGAAAUGAAAAUGAGCAGUUAAAAGAGCUGCUUGCUCUCAUGAAGGAAGACUUAACUCCAGUUGAAAAAAUAUACGUAAGGAAGAGUAUUGAGCAACAUAAACUGGGGACCAAUAAAACUAUACUGCAACAGGUGAAAGUGGUUGGAGUGACCUGUGCUGCCUGCCCGUUUCCUUGUCUGAAUACUCUUAAGUUUCCUGUAGUGAUGCUGGAUGAGUGCAGUCAGAUGACUGAACCCGCUUCUCUCCUUCCUAUUGCAAGGUUUCAGUGUGAAAAGCUAGUCCUUGUUGGAGACCCUAAGCAAUUACCACCAACUAUUCAAGGGUCUGAGAGUGUUCAUGAAAACGGAUUGGAGCAGACUCUCUUUGACCGCCUUUGCUUAAUGGGACAUAAACCAAUACUUCUUCGGACACAGUACCGAUGUCACCCUGCUAUUAGUGCCAUAGCCAACGAGCUGUUCUAUGAAGGAAAUCUGAUAGAUGGUGUUUCUGAGAAAGAUAGAAGUCCUUUAUUGGAUUGGCUUCCAACGCUAUGUUUUUAUAGUGUUAAUGGGGUGGAGCAAAUUGAAAGAGACAACAGCUUUUAUAACGUGGCAGAAGUUCAUUUUACAGUCAAGCUCAUCCAGUCUCUGAUUGCAAGUGGAAUAGAAGGAUCUGCAAUUGGUGUGAUUACUCUUUAUAAAUCACAGAUGUGUAAGAUUCAGAAUUUGCUUAGUGGCGUACACUCUGAGGCUUUUGAAAUUAAAGCUGUCCAGGUGUCCACUGUAGACGCGUUCCAAGGAGCUGAGAAGGAGAUCAUUGUUUUGUCAUGUGUAAGAACAAGACAAAUCGGGUUCAUAGACUCGGAAAAGAGAAUGAACGUUGCACUAACGAGAGCAAAGAGGCAUUUGUUGAUUGUUGGAAAUCUGGCCUGUUUAAGUAGGAACAGACUGUGGGGAAGAGUAAUUCAUCACUGCAAAGGAUGGGAAAAUGGAUUACAACACGUAAGCCAGUGUGAGCAGCAGCUAAACAACAUUCUGAAGUGUUAUUUGGAGAAACGAAAGGAAAAGGAACAGAAUAAGAAAAAGGAAAAAUAAAAUGUGUGCCUAUUUUGUGAAGAAAUUAUGAAUAGCGUGUGUAAAAAUUAUCAGAAGGAUGGCAGAUCUAAUAUUUAUAGUUAAAGUGGGAAAUUUUUGUUUGUAUCUCAGUGCACUGAUCCUUCUGUUUUGACCCUUGUUUGUGUGACUAAAAAUGAAUAAAGUAACUUUAUCUGCUUGA